AUGCCCCAGAGCUGCGCCAAGCCCUCGGACAUGGCCGAGCUCGUCAGCAGCCAGGCCUGGAUGGGUGAAAUGCCGGCAGCCAAGGAGCUGAAGGAGCAGGGGGACGCCAGGAGCGCUCCCUUCGCGCUGCUGCCCGCCCUGCCCGAGGAGCGCGACAGCGCGGAGGAGGAGGAGGAGGAGGAAGAGGACAGCGAGAAGCCCAAGAGGAGGGGCCCGAAGAAGAAGAAGAUGACCAAGGCCAGGCUGGAGCGGUUCCGGGCGAGGAGGGUCAAGGCCAACGCCCGGGAGCGCACGCGGAUGCACGGCCUGAACGACGCCCUGGACAACCUGCGCCGGGUCAUGCCCUGCUACUCCAAAACGCAGAAGCUCUCCAAGAUCGAGACGCUGCGGCUGGCCAGGAACUACAUCUGGGCCCUGUCCGAGGUGCUGGAGAGCGGGCAGACGCCCGAGGGCAAGAGCUUCGUGGAGAUGCUGUGCAAGGGGCUCUCGCAGCCCACCAGCAACCUGGUGGCCGGCUGCCUGCAGCUGGGCACGCAGCCGCUCUUCCUGGAGAAGCAGGAGGAGAAGCCGUGCGAGCCGGGCCUGCCCGGCCACUCCUUCGGCUACCAGGGGCUGCCCAGCCCUCCCUACGGCUCCAUGGAGUCCCACCUGCUGCACCUGAAGCCGCCGGCCUUCAAGAGCCUGGUGGAGGCUUCGUUCGGGAGCCACCCCUCUGACUGCUCCACGCCGCCCUACGAGGGGCCCCUGACACCGCCCCUGAGCAUCAGCGGCAACUUCUCCCUGAAGCAGGACGGCUCCCCCGAGCUGGACAAGCCCUACCCCUUCAUGGGCCACUACCCGGCGGUGGGCCUAGCCGCGGCCCACAGGCACGGCUCGCACUUCCAGGGCUCCGCGCCCCGCUACGAGAUCCCGCUGGACGUCGCCUUCGAGUCCUUCCCGCCCCACGCGGCCGGGGCCCAGCUCGGCGCCAUCUUCAACGAGUAG